AUGUUGAAGAUGAGCGGGUGGCAGCGACAGAGCCAAAAUCAGAGCUGGAACCUGAGGAGAGAGUGUUCAAGAAGAAAGUGUAUCUUCAUACAUCACCACACCUGAAAGCAGACCGAUCCAACUGCAGAGAUGGCAGCUGAGUCAUUGCCUUUCUCCUUCGGGACACUGUCCAGCUGGGAGCUGGAAGCCUGGUAUGAGGACCUGCAAGAGGUCCUGUCUUCAGAUGAAAAUGGGGGUACCUACGUUUCACCUCCUGGAAAUGAAGA